CCAGAGGUGUGAUUCCAGCUAUACCACUGAAUGGAUCCGUCGGGAGAGGCAACCCUGUCGCGAAUCAAAUGCUUCUACUAACAAGUUGCAUGCGUUUUGUGCCCACGGUGCCAACUCUAAAAUUCUCUCUUUCUCCGAGUGCUUCUACCUCCCUCUCCUACUCGCCCCUCUCUCUCUCUCUCUCUCUUUUCCUCUUUCUCUCCCUAUUCGUCUGCUUCUCGUUCUGGUCUGUCUUGCCCUUUCGGAUCCUCUGUACUUACUACUUGCUCCUUGGCAAUAUAUAGUAGUGCAAUGAAGAACGUGCAUGGAUAGUGGACGCCUGGAUUCGAACGAGCGAACGAACCCUCGAGAUCCACAUACACAUCCGAAGAAGGAACAAACGAACGAACGACGAACGAGGGGAAGAACCGACUUAAGCCGCUUUCGGACGCCGCCAGGUCGGUCGGCUAUGGCUUCGCCAAGGCUUGAAAGAGGUCUUGAACAUGUUGAUCGUCCUCAUCCACUUGUCGUGCGUCCACUUUUCAGGCCUGAUCCUUCAAGCCAGUGAGCAAGGGACGCACGGGGGGACGGAAUGACUGAGUGACGGACCCAAGGACGACGGUCCAAUGCACACCCAUAGCUGGACGGUCCGACCCAUCGAAAACCGCCGUCACCGUCAAAGUCCAAAAAUCCGCUUCUUCGGGUGAUGGUGGUGGCUGUGGCGAAGGAGACUGAGAAGAACUACUAGAGAACAAGAGAUGUGCUCUUUUCGGCUUCUUCUUCUGUCGCUCUCUGAAGGUUCAGUUCUCAAUCUUGGGUUGUGUGGUGAGUGUCGUGACUUGUACGUAUGGUAGGGUGUUAAGGUGGUUCUUGAAGUUAGUAAUAUAACAACAACAACCCCGGAGGAAAACAGUUUGUACCGAAACAAUGCAUUUUUAAGUGGAAUAACGACAGACAUUCUAGUAAUGAUCAUUGGAACAAAGUGGCACUUGAGCACCCUCCAGCAUGAGUUGACAUCGCAUGUUCAUCCCAGAGAUUCUUAUGCGCAACAUUGUUGACGUCCUGCUUAGCCAACUCAGUACGAGCACUUGAAAAGUCAUUACUACCACGGACCAGCUACCGAGCUUGAGGUGAAAACCCAAAAACCAAGAUAUCCAGGAUGAGAAACGCCGACUGACCAGAAAGCGGCCCUAAGUUCGAAACCACUCGAGUCUAAAAGAAGAGGAACAAGGCCUGUCACGAUGCUUCUGUGCUGUUUUAAGGAAAAGAAAUCCAAACGAAACUCCUACGAUGUCAACCAUCGACAUGACAUGCCCUCCACCAAAAGGGAUUCGGCACUGCUGGAGCCCGCCUACCAACCCACUCGUAACUCGAUCAUCAGUGACCGCUCCGUUACACCCCCUUCGGCCAAGAGGCGUGACUGGAAAGAAAGGGCUCCUCUCCAACGGGAGGAGAAGAAAUUGAUGAAGCAGAGAAGUCGAGAUUCCUUCUCCAGGGACGAUCCAACGCUGAGUUUCCCCUACAUCGAUAGCAGCACAACCACCACCAACAACGAAGAGAUUGGUAGCCCGGGGGUGAGAUCCGACAAGUUCCUGACUUCAUCCUAUGCGUCCUCUUACUCGUCUCCAAUAAACAAUAAUAAGAUUGGAUCAGCAGAAAACAAUUACAAUCAUAGAGCUCAACCCGAGAUCAUCCGGAUCUCCUCAUCGACCCUGUCUUCACCCUCCAAGCCCAAUUACAUCUCUUCCACCACCGCGUCGGUGAAAUCCGUGCCCAAUCUCAGUUCCAAUCCCAGUAUGGCCCCGUUGGGCUCGUUGGGUUCGAGUCCCGUUCAUUCCAUUCAUUCAACCAACUCAUUGCAACUGAAUCACAAUAACAAUCUGAACCAAGUCGUCAUGGGCUUACCGCCCACUCGUCCGAUUCCAAGUAGCUCUUCAUUGACGAAGAAGGACAAGGUUCAAGGGCGGGGAAUGACCAGGAGCUCGGCCAGUUAUGGCAUUCAACAACUGUUGCAGGAACAGAUUAUUCAAGAAGAGAGGGCCAAGGAUGAGGAAAAGAUCAACGAGCAAAUGCAGGCAGCGUCCAAAGCAAUCGAGUCAAAAUAUGAAGCUCAAAUCAACGAAUUGAAGAAUCAACACAAUCAGAGGGUCCAAGAAUUGGAACGAACUUAUCGAAUCUCUUUGAACAAUGCAAAGAACAAGAACGAAUCGGAAUUGAAAUGGAAAGUGACCAAAUAUGAGCACGAGUUGGAAAGUUGCCGAAAAAGUCACCAAAUCGAAAUGGACGAUGCUAAGAAGAAAUUCGAUCAGAGUUUGAACCAAGAAAAGGAGGAGCUGAAACGGUUGGCCGCAGAAUACAAUGCAAAGGAUGAAGCCUGGAAGAAAGAAAAAAUGGAAGUUUUUGGCGAAAUCCAACGCUUAAAAGACGAGGCCAAUCGCUUUAUUGCCAUUUUGAGUGCAGAGGAUGAAUCUGACGAGCAUUUAAGUCCAGAGCGAAGACAAACCUUGACUCGAGAGGUUGAGUCCUUGCAGACGGCUAUUGAUCAGUUGGUGGUCGAGAUGAGAACACAAGAGGUCCAUCGAUUGCGCGAGGAGCAAGCCAAACAUUUGGCAAAACUUGAAGAGCUAGACACGACGAAAGAGUCCUUGGCCAAGAUGAAGGCCAAGGUGGAGGAUCUCCAAGCUCAAUUAGACCGGAAAAACGAGUCUGCCAGACAAUUAUCUCGUGAGAAAUCCAAUUUGGAGAACAAUUUUGAGCUUCAGUCAAAGAACAAGGCCAUCAUUUCUCAGCAAAUGGAGGAGCUUCAAUGGAGGAUCAAACACAAGAUGGAGUUACCUCCCCUGAAAGUGUAUCAAUCGUUCCAUGAGAGUAAGGAGGUGACCAAGGAAAUUCAUUCCAUGUCCGCCGCCUCACAGGAGUUCGAAACGAACAAAUCAAGGACUAAAAAGUAUCAAAUUGAGCCCAUGCAGAAGGAGACCCUUGCCGAGGCCCUGCCGACUCUUUCGGAGCCAAUUGUGGAAGCUCCGUGUGAUAUUGGAUCGGAGGUUAAUGCUUGCCUGGACGAGGUUGUCACUGUUCACGCUCCUCCCACAAACUCUACCAGAGAGAUCCCGGUGACCCUUGAAUACACAACGGCGGAUGUUUUGCCUUGUCAGAUCACUCAAAGCAGCCCCAACAAUAACAACAACAGCAGGAGCAACAACAACAACAAUAACAACCAUCACCACAUGAACAACCACAAUAACAACUUCAUCAAACAUAAUAACAAUAGUCUUCUCAACCAGAAAAACAAUAAUGAAUCUUCCUCUCCUCAUCCGGACCUGAUUUUGCCGGUCAUGGAAGAUCCCAAUCAAAACGAGGUCAAGGGUCCAAAUCGGCACUCGUUGGGAGAAGAAGACGAGGAGGAAGAGGGUAACACUUCAGAUGAGAACGCCAAUGAUGCAGAAAGGCUGAGGAAGGACCAGGUUCUGACUGAUAGCCUAGAGCGAGUGGAUAAUAUUCACCACGUGGUUGUGGUUCGGGGAACCGAAUGCACGACUGAUGAAGGAUUAGGCGAUAUCUCGAGUUCCACUCCUUCCCCUCAACCGGUUGUUGAUGCUAGGAGAAAGAAGUCCAUUCUCAUGGAAGAGUCCAAAGCCCAAAAAGAGGCUGCUGUUGCCAUACCCCCGUCUAGUCCGUCGGAUGAGAGGAUGCCCUCAAGAAUCCCUUUGUCAGUUGGAAUGGUCCCUUAACUGCCGGGAUUUGAGGACCCAGAAAAGCAUUUUAGAUGUAUGCAGUUGAAUAAUCACAUGACCUUUAGACGAAAAAUUUACGCGAAAGUUUCUUCAAUUGGGUAACGAGAUUGUGAUGUACUACACGCCCUACAAGAAUUCUCAACGUUCUAAUAUAUUAUACAUGGUUAAUAAUUUUUUUUACUGGUAAAUAUAAUCAUUAAUUGGCA